AUGGUGCCCAGUGGCCCAGCAGGUAACAGAUCGACAGAGAGCGAGGAACCGGCCGAGCUCAACCUAGUCAGUGGCCCCAGGCGUCUUGUAUCGACUUUCUCCAGUAUGACUUCCCUCCUUUUUACUGCUACAGGAGGCUGGGGAAAAUGGCUCUUUAACUCUGCCUCAGACCAUGUCUCCGAACCCGGCGCAGAAUCCGUACGGCGCGGACCCCUUAACCCACCAGGGUCAAAGCAGCCGCCGCCGCCUGAGCUUCAGUCUACAUAUGCCUAUCUCCUCAGGCACUUUGGGGACGGCAGCAGCCACAGCAGCAGUGCCACAAAUAACAGCAACAUUGUUAGCACCAGCAGCAUUGAUAGCGGCACAAACCACGUCAUCCGCAGCAUUCAUUCCAAGCCACAUCCUUUCGAUGACAAUAUAAUCUGCGUAGACAGAACCAAUGUCCCUGUUCUGUCACGUAUCCACUUAGACUAUGCACAAAAUGAUUAUAGCACGAAAGGCCCCUUUGAGGAACCCAAUGUGUGCAUGUUGGAGGAAGCCACAGAGUCCGUCUUGCCAGUUAGGAGGACGAAUGCAGCAGUAAAGCAUCUCUAUCGAUCUAUAGCGAUGUCAGAUGCUUCAUUCAUUUCGGAUAUGGCGACCUCAGCCCCCAGUUUCUAUGCUAACUGCACGCAGAAUCGAGAACAACAGGUGCAGCAGCCUGAACCAGAAACUGGCAUUUUCCCUGAGAAGGUAACCGAGGAGUUGUUCUGGCGGCGGUUCCACGCCCGUGUCCUCCAGAUGGUGGAGGAAAAACAGCUCUCUAUACACCUAAGCAAAGUGACGGCACCGACAAAGGCCCUUGACGACUCAGAAAGCGAAGAGGACAUAUCAUGGGAAGAUCUUGGCAGCGAUGAUGGGGUAAUCUUGUCCGGGGAUGCCGAUUUGUGA